UGUCAACAAAAGCGUAUGAUUGAAAGCUUAGAAUUAUUUUAACAAGACCAUAGAGAUAAGAUUUGGAUUUCUAAUUGACUGUCUCAUAGAUUUCUUUAAGCCCAGGCAAAAAGAAACAGCAAUUUUUAGAAUCUGUAAAAAAAACUGUAUCAAGCAAGACCUCGUGGUUUAGUUUGAUGUUAAGAGUUGAUGAUAUACUUGUGUGAUUUGUGGACAGUUGUAAAGUGAGGUUACAUUCUCUAAAGAGGCAAGUAUGGGACUGUUGACAGAAGGGACCCCCCUGACCUGGGAGGAGACAAAAAAACAUGCAGAUCAUGUCAGGAGGCAUGGCAUCAAACAGUUCCUUGCCCAGUACAACAAGCUUAGGUCAAGGAAAAAAGAUGUCUUGUACUGGGGAGAUGAGGUGGAGUACCAGCUGGUGAAAUUUGAUCAUGUCAACAAAAAAGUGUAUGUAGCUCUCAGGGCGCAAGAUGUGUUGAAAGGACUGGAAGAAAAACAACAGACAAAACAGAUUCACACUUCUGCUGCCACUUCUUGGCACCCUGAGUAUGCCGAGUACAUGGUGGAGGGGACACCUGGAGCGCCUUACGGAGGGAUGAUAGCUCAUUUUAACAUAGUAGAGGCCAACAUGUCUUUGAGGCGACAGGAGAUACAGGCAGAACUACAGGAUGAUGAGGCACCACUCUCUCUCACUGCAUUCCCUAGACUUGGCUGUGGUUCCUUCACCUGGCCUGUGUCCAAGACUGACCCCGUCAAUGGGGUUUCUAGGUCGCUGUUUUUCCCUGAUGAUGCAAUCAAUCAAGGUCAUGUCAGGUUUAAAACUCUGACACGGAACAUCAGAAACAGAAGAAAAGAAAAGGUGGCCAUCAACGUCCCAAUUUUUAAAGACGUCAACACAAAGUCCCCAUUUGUGGAAGAUUUCUCUCCCUUGGGUGACGAUGGCUCCAGUGCUGAAGCAGCCAAGCCUGACCACAUCUACAUGGACUGUAUGGGCUUUGGGAUGGGCAACUGUUGUCUGCAGGUCACCUUCCAGGCCUGCAACAUUGACGAGGCCAAGACCCUGUAUGAUCAGCUGGCUGGCAUGUGUCCAAUCAUGCUUGCUUUGAGCGCCAGUUCUCCUAUUUAUCGAGGCUAUUUAUCUGACAUAGACACAAGGUGGCCUGUCAUUGCUGCAUCAGUGGAUGACAGGACAAAGGAGGAGAGGGGCUUAGAGCCGCUGAAGGAGGACCGCUAUAGAAUACCAAAGUCACGCUACGACUCUAUAGAUAGUUAUAUUUCACCUUUAGGACGCUGCUACAAUGAUAUACCUCUUAUUCUUGAUACUGAUUUAUGUGAUGAGCUCAUCCAGGGAGGGGUUGAUGACUUAUUGGCUAGACAUAUAGCCCACCUAUUUAUAAGAGAUCCAGUGUCUGUGUUUGCUGAGAAACUGGACCUUGAUGAUGACAACGAUACAGAUCAUUUUGAGAAUAUCCAGUCGACCAACUGGCAGACAAUGAGGUUCAAACCUCCACCACCCAACUCCAACAUAGGCUGGCGGGUUGAGUUCAGACCCAUGGAGGCCCAGCUUACAGACUUUGAAAACGCUGCGUUCACUGUGUUCAUUGUUCUGCUCACCCGUGUCAUCCUGUCUUACAAACUGAACUUCAUUAUUCCAAUUUCUAAGGUGGAUGAAAAUAUGAAAACUGCUUUCAAGCGAGAUGCUGUGAUAAAUGAUAAAUUUUACUUUAGGAAAGAUGUGGUCACAGAGUCAACUCCCCCUGAAUGUUCCCAACAAUGUGGAAAUGCAGGCUGUGGUGCUAUAGAAGACCAGUAUGAACUAAUGAGCAUCAAGGAAAUUUUUCAUGGAAAGGAUGAUUUCCCUGGUCUGAUGGCCCUGAUCAACUUAUACAUGGACAGCAUUGAGAUAGACGUGGACACCAAAUGCACCAUCACACAGUACCUGAAGCUGAUAUCACAGAGAGCCUCAGGCGAGCUGGUGACCAGUGCUAGGUGGAUGCGCAACUUUGUCCAGCGCCACCCAGAGUACAAACAAGACUCCGUUGUCUCGGACUCCAUUGCCUACGACCUGCUGUCCCGCGUUGUCCAGAUCGCCAGCGGGGCGGUCAACGACCCCACCCACAUGUUUGAGCACACGACCAAGUCGGCUUACAAGAUACCUGAAGCCCUCAGGCAUGCCGAGGCUUACCUCAAGAUGAAAUCCCAGGCCAAUAGUAGCGGAAGUAGUGUCAGUGGCGAGUAGCUUGUUGGAUGACUUAGGCGUGUUUAUUCCCAAUUUUGUUUCAUAACUUCAUGGCUGAGUAUGAUGAUAAGGACGAGUGGCAAAUUUUUACCAAAAAAAAAAAUUAAAAUUGUUUAAGUUAUUGUAUUUUAUAAGUAUAAAAUACUUCAUUGAUUGAUAUUUUUAACAUAAAAUAUAUAUUUAGUAGACAAUUAAAGUAUAAAAUAUAUAUUUAGUAUACAAUUUAAGUAUAAAUAUUUUAUUUAUAUAGAAUCUAGUAGUUAAUUAAAAAAUAAAUAUUUAUUUCGUAGACAGUUAAAGUAUAAAAUAAUAAUAUUGUAGUAAACUAUAAAAUACAAUACUUGAUAGGUAGACAAUUAAAGUAUAACAUUCUAAAUUUAUAGACAAUUAUAGUAGUAAAAUACUUAAUCAAUAGUCAAAUUUAGUUUAAAAAUAUUAAAUUAAUAGACAAUUAUCAAUUCCACAAACACUAUGUAGUGACAUGUGUUACUAUGAGCUCUAGUUUGAUCUUUUUACAGCAGAAUAGUAUUGCAGCUAUCGGCAGUGCUGUGAUUAUUACUCUCAUUAUAUUUUAUGUGCUCUAGACUCAUGAGAAAAAGUAAAUCUGGGCUGGCUCUAGGAUCUGCCUCACUUUGAAGGGGCGUAAUUUAUAUAUUGAAAAACUGCAGCAGGGUUGAACCCCUCCCACCUCCUCUUUUAGCUGAGUUACUGGCUUUUAGUACUAAUUAAGCUAAUAUUACUAUGUAUGUAGGAUAUGAUAAUGUAAUCAUUUUUUUACAAGCACAAAUAUAUACCAACACACGUAAUGGUGUUCAGCUUUUAACUGAACUAAGGCAUCUGUUUACAUGAUACGACUGGAUUAUUACAGCAAGGUGUAACAUUACAUAUGUAAUUGUCAUGUCAAAUGUUUGAAUAUUUUGUUAAUUGCAUUGUGGUGAAUAAUAAACU